UCCCCCCCACGGGUGACCACGGCCAGUUAGGCCGCGAGCCAGAUGUGGGGCGGGAGGGCCGGGGCUUUGCUCCGGGUGUGGGGGUUGUGGCCAGCAGGGGUUCUCGGAAGGAGACCGCUAAGCUGCAAUGCUGCAUCGCUGGCGGGAAGCAACCCCUCCGGGUGUUGGAACUGCGGCAGCCCAGGGGGCCCCGUGCGGGGGGACGGGUUCUUCUGCCCGCAGUGCCGCGCGCUGCAGCCACCUGACCUCACUCGAGACUACUUCAGCCUCAUGGACUGCAACCGCUCCUUCAGAGUUGACACUGCAAAGCUCCAGCAAAGGUACCAGCAGCUACAGCGUCUUGUCCACCCAGACUUCUUCAGCCAGAGGUCUCAGACUGAAAAGGACUUCUCAGAGAAGCACUCGACCCUGGUGAAUGAUGCCUAUAAGACCCUUCUGGCCCCCCUGAGCAGGGGACUAUAUCUUCUAAAGCUUCGUGGAGUAGAGAUUCCUGAAGGGACGGAUUAUGAAAUGGACAGGCAGUUCCUCAUGGAAAUAAUGGAAAUGAAUGAAAAACUUGCCGAAGCUCAGAGUGAAGCUGCCAUGAAAGAGAUUGAGUCUGUUGUCAGAGCCAAACAGAAAGAACUGACAGACAAUGUGAGCAGAGCUUUUGAACGAGGGCAGAGCAUGGAAGAUGCGAGAGUUCUGGUGGACUUUCUGAGUGGCCCAUCUACCAGCAGUUCCAAGUGCAAAGGUUGCCCAUUCAUGAUUUGUGGUGGUGUUGAGUUCUUUGAAGUUUAUAUCAAGUUGUGUGGCUUCAGAUCCUGGAGGAAAGGGGCAACUGUGAGACAAGCUGAAUCCCAAUAAGGAUCUGGGCAGUCAUGUUUUAGUUCUUAGUGACAUCAAGUCAGGAAGGAGGCAGAAGAAUUGGAAACAUCACUUUGGAAAGUUGUAGUCAGAUAUUGAAGGAAACUAGAAGAAUUGAGGAUCUGGUAAGGGCUGAUAAAAUGUGUAAGCCAGUUUAUAGGGAGAAAUAAAAUCUCAAAGACUGAACAGGACUACAUUCUAAUAACCCACAAAGGUGUGUUAUACAUUUCCACUGAAAUAAAUAAAGUUUCUCGCUACAAUGACCCCCCUUUUUGAUCAAAGAUAAUCAAAGUAAGAUUAUUCUUGGUUACAAAAUAAUUUUAGUUUCCUUAAAUUUAGCCUGAUUAUUUACACAAGUGCAGCAAGAAUGGUAAUCAGCCAUACAGGACAUUUUAAGUUGUCUUUAUGAAACUUUGUAUAAGGAAUCUCAGAUUGGACUUUAAAAGCCUCUCAAUGCUAGGAAGUCAAGCCAAGAAUUCUCCAUCAGCCUUCACCUGCAGUACCUAUAAAUUUGGGUGAAUUCCCCUCUUCUCAAGGUCUCUAAAAUAUCCUAAGGUUCCUGGGCCUGCCAGGAAGUGACCUUCCUUACUCACUUGUAAGGCUGGGAACCCUAUAAGCCAGGUACCAGGCUGGCUUUUUUCAGAAGAGUUUGUAAGCAUUGGCUCCAUAAGGUCAACCUUAGUUUCUUAA